AGCUUAUCGCCAAAUUCAAAGAAGAACUUAAAUAAUAUGAUACUAAAAUGUUAGAUCUUAAACAGAUUUGCGAUCUUUAUUGUAAAUUAAAAAAUUAUUAAUAAUAAUUGGAUGAUGAAGAAACAAUUACAUAAGAAUACAGUAUUCUAUUUUAAUUAUCUACAUUUAGUUGAUGCUUUUGUAGCCUUAGGAGGUAAUCCUGAUAGAACAGGCUUCGUUUAAAAAUAAAUGAUUUUUGAUAUUGUACAAAGUGAAUUUGAACUUAAAAUUGAUUUAGAAUCUUUUCUUGGAGAUUUCCAAGGAAAUCAAUUAGAAUUUGAAGAUUUUUGUCAAUUAUUUGAGAAUGCGGGAGAAGAUGCUAAGUCUUUUAUUACUGUAUUAUAUUAUUUCCAAUUUAGAGCUUCUCUUAAGCAAAACGUAAUAAUAAUAAUGAUUUCACUGUCAGAUUUAAAGACUUUGAAAAAUGGGAAAAGACUACUAUGUGAUUAUGG